AUGUGCAUAAAAUUCGAAAAGGGAAUCAAGAGAUAUUUUAUCUUCCUGAGAGACAAAAACCGUCGUGUGUCGACAGAGAAAGAUGUCAGACACAAGCAGGCAAUUGUUCUCUAUGGCAGAAGAAAAAGGAAGCUGGAAAACCGACGAAAUGCAGUCUCCCUGAAAACAUCCUGGGAUACAGAGAAGAAGAGAAGGAAACAGGUUAUGCUGUGUAUGGAAAUUAUGUCUUCAGAAGAAGAGGUUGAAUGUGACGGCGAGUCACAGCUUGUGGUGAAAAAGUUACCAUGGCCUGAGAAGCCAGGUGUAUGAGAGAGUGUUAUUGGAAUUGGACAAAAAGUUAAAUGAAAGCAAAUCAAGGAAAUCAAAAAAUAUGGAAAUGAAACGCAUACGAGGGGCCAUGAUGUCAGAAAGAAAAGUGCCCCAUGAGUUAAAGGAAAAUAGUCCUUGGGUAGUAGAGCUAUA